AUCCAUUUCAUUAGAAAAUAAGUUCCUUGAAAUCGAAAUUAUUGUUUUUUUAUUUAUUUUAAAAUUCAGAUAAAGUUUUAAUUUAAAAAGGGUCUUUUGACUGUUACAUAUCAAAUAUUAUUAGUGCAUAAAAAGGACUCUAUAAAUGGUAUAAGUUGACAUAACAAAGUGUUUAUAUUUUAACCCACUUCCUUACGUUGAUUGAAACAAACUUAAAAAUAUUUAUUUACUAGAAAUGUCUCCGAGGCAACCUGUGUUGUGUAAUUUCUAAUGUUUAUUUACAAACAAAAUUCUAACUUAAAAAUGGGUGACUCAGCGACGGAAAAUAAACCCGUGGAUAAUGUAAACAACAACGUAUCAACAGAAUCAAAACCAGUGGAUAAAGAGAAUGAGAAACUAAACAAUGAACUCAAAAACAGGUUACGAAAAUACAUCAAAAAAUUGGAUGAAACAGGAACGAGCAUGACAAAACAAGAAAGCGAGAAACUGGAAAUAGAAACAUUCAAACAGCUCUACAAACCAAAACUUGAUGGGAAUCAAGAGUCUUACAAGAAUAUACCCAAAUUCUACUUCAAAUUGCCUCGGAACGAUGAAGUCCUGAAUCAGAAGUUGAGAGAAGAGACUAGAGCUCAGUUUCUACAGAAGAAAAGCAAGGAGUUGUUAGAUAAUAGUGAAUUGAAGCAUUUAUGGGCACUGAUAGAGAAAUCAAAUGGUAGUUACAGUAUGGCAAACAAUGACGAGCUGACAAUAGAUUAUUUCCAGUUUAAGAAAAUUAGAGAUCAGGCGGGACCAAAGUAUAAGCCAUAUUUCACAGCAGAAGUGUUUGGGCGCCUCCAAGCGGCAGAGGGGGGUGUAGGGCGCGUGCGGGGGGUGUCUCUGUUCAACUAUGUGAUGAGGAGGGUGUGGCUGCAGCAGACCAGGAUAGGACUGUCACUGUAUGACGUCACCGGGCAAGGUUAUCUUACAGAACAUGAUCUGGAGAGUUAUAUAGCAGAACUGGUCCCGUCUCUGGCAGCGUUAGAUGGUCUAGAUUCCUCAUUCAGUUCGUUCUAUGUGUGCACCGCUGCGAGGAAGUUCCUCUUCUUCCUCGACCCGCUGAGAGUGGGACGGGUGAGGAUACGGGAUGUGCUGUCUUGCUCUUUCCUUGAUGACCUUCUUGAGCUCCGCGAAGAAGACUUGCCGAUGGAGCUGCAGGAACAGAAUUGGUUCAGCGCAGCGUCCGCGCUGCGCGUGUACGGCCAGUACCUCAACCUCGACCGCGACCACAACGGCAUGCUCAGCAUCAACGAGCUGCAGGGUUACGGGUCAGGCACCCUAACCCGCGCUUUCCUACAACGAGUGUUCCAACAGUGCCUCACGUAUGACGGAGAAAUGGACUACAAGACGUACUUAGAUUUAGUACUAGCUUUGGAGAACAGGAGACAGCCAGCCGCUUUGGCAUACCUGUUCCGAGUACUCGAUAUCAAUUCUCAGGGAUAUUUGGAUGCGUUUACGCUAAAUUACUUUUUUAAGGCGAUACAAGAGCAAAUGGUGGCGCACGGGGCCGAACCAGUGAACUUCGAAGACGUAAAAGACGAGAUAUUCGACAUGAUCCGUCCCUCCCACCCCGCGCGCAUCACCCUCGCGGACCUCGUGCGCAGCGGCCACGGGCACACGGCCGUGUCCAUACUGCUGGAGCUGCACGGCUUCUGGGCCUACGAGAACAGGGAGGCGCUGGCGGCCGCCGACCACACUGCCUGACAGAUAGAUAGAGGGGAGUUUGGCCCGAUUGGAAGACUCAAGAUUAGUGAUAUUAAAAAGUGAAUUCAGUGUAGACUCAAGUGUGGUGAUAUUAAAA